AUGGCUUCUCACAAGAUCACCAAAGUUGCUGGUGCACAGCCUACCACCGAAUUCGAGCUCACUGUUGCCCAAGCUCUUGUUGACUUGGAGAACAACGUUCCCGAGUUGAAGAAGGAUCUUCGUCCUCUCCAAAUCACUGCUGCUAAGGAGGUUGAGAUUGGCAACGGCAAGAAGGCUGUCAUUAUCUUUGUUCCCGUUCCUGCUCAAAAGGCUUGGGCCAAGAUCCAAGCUCGUGUUACUCGUGAGCUUGAAAAGAAGUUCUCGGAUCGUCAUGUUGUCUUUGUCGCCCAACGUCGUGUCCUUCCUGUUCCAAGCCGUCGUUCCAACCCCAAGCAACCUCGUCCCAGAUCUCGUACUUUGACCGCUGUUCACGAUGCCAUCCUUGAAGACCUUGCUUCUCCUUCCGAAAUCGUUGCCAAGCGCACUCGUGUUGCCGUUGAUGGUUCAAAGCUCAUCCGCAUUUUCCUCGAUGCAAAGGACGCUACCUCCCUCGAGUACAAGUUGGAUACUUUCUCUGCCGUCUACAAGAAGCUCACUGGCAAGGCUGUUGCUUUCGAAUUUGCUCCCACUGCUGAAGUCUUUUAA